AUGUCCCAAAUAUAUGAGGCUGCAGUGCCGGAGAUCAUGGGGGAACAUGAGGCCAAGCUCCACUCCCACCCCUACAUGGCCUACUUGCAGUUGCUCAAUAAGGGAAAGAAGAGGUGCGGAGGUGUUCUUAUGCAGGAGAACUUUGUUCUGACAGCUGCUCACUGCAGUGGAAGCUCAAUUACUGUCAUCCUGGGAGCCCACAACAUCAAACAGAAGGAGACGACCCAGCAGGAAAUUAGGAUGAAAAGAGCUAUACGCCACCCAAACUAUAAUAAUCCUCCAUAUGCAAACGACAUCAUGUUACUGCAGCUGGAGAAGAUGGCCAAACUGAAUAAUGCUGUUUGGGCCAUCAAAAUGCCCACAAGGAGAAAUGAGGAGGAUUCCGGGGGCCCCCUCAUAUGUAACAACAUGGCCCAAGGCAUUGUCUCCUAUGGAAAAAACAAUGGAAAACCUCCAGGAGUCUACACCAGGAUCUCGAAGUUUUUGCCCUGGAUGGAAAAAACAAUGAAACGCCUCAAACUGCUGAGAUCAGACUGAGGCACCCCGGAAUUCAUCCAUCCAUCUUCUGUGGGGCACAGGCCAAUACUGUAUUGGGCAGAGAGGGUGGAGGGCACUCGGCCAGGCACUUAAUAA